CUUCGCGCCUACAGUGGAGGAAUCGACGGUCCCCGAGCGCACACUGUCUGCAGGAGAGUACCGAGCACCACUCUCGGGAAAGGGAAAUAACGGUUUCUUCUUUUCCUCGCCUCCCCGUCUGCGAUCUAACUGCACGAAAAAAACCCGAUCCUGAUUCCGGGAAAAGGGGGGCUACUACUACUACUACACCUUAUUGUUCCUAAGAGGUGGAGAGGGAAGCGAGGGAUCGGAGCUGCAAGUUUUCCCCUCCUCUCCGCUUUUCUUUAUUUGUUUUCUCCCCAGCAAAAAAAAAAAAAAGGGAUUCUGUAUUCGGACUCGUUUGUGUUCCGCUCUCGCCGCAAAGAUGAUGGUCGGAGAGGUCGAAGUCAAGGAGCGACCGAGGCCGAGUCCGGACUAUUUAAUGCAGUUGUUGAACGAGAAGAAGCUCAUGACCAGUUUGCCAAAUCUCUGCGGCAUCUUCACGCACCUCGAGCGGCUUCUCGAUGAAGAGAUCAACAGAGUGCGCAAACACAUGUACAGCGACACAGUGAAUGGCCUUGUGGAGAGACACCCCUUAGAGCUGCCAGAGCCUGCGGGACCCGUGGUCUACUUGCAGGAAAAACUGUUCGUGCCUGUCAAAGAGUACCCAGACUAUAACUUUGUGGGUAGAAUCCUGGGCCCUCGGGGACUCACGGCCAAACAGUUGGAAGCAGAGACGGGAUGUAAAAUCAUGGUGCGAGGCAAGAGCUCCAUGCGAGACAAAAAGAAGGAGGAGCAGAACAGAGGGAAGCCAAACUGGGAGCACCUAAACGAAGAGCUCCAUGUCUUGAUCACAGUGGAGGACACGCAGACCAGAGCCGAGAUUAAGAUGAGGAGAGCCGUCGAGGAAGUAAAGAAGCUCCUUGUACCAGCUGCAGAGGGUGAAGACAAUUUGAAGAAGAUCCAGCUAAUGGAGUUGGCCAUUCUCAACGGAACAUACAGAGACAACAACAUCAAAGCUCCCACCCUUGCGUUCUCUCUUGCAGCGGCGGCAGCAGCCGCUCAGGGACCCCGCCUCAUAGCGACGCCCACAGGUCAGAUGUUGCCUCACCAGGCGCUCCGGCCCCCAACUCCUGCCGGGGGCCCCAUCAUGAACCUCAUCCGGCCCGCACAGAUGGCUGCCAUGCUGCCCAAUGGCACCCCCACUCUGGUGCCGCCCACGCCCGACGGCGGGCUCAUCUACACCACCCCUUAUGAUUACCCCUACGCCCUGGCACCCACCUCCCUGCUGGAGUACCCCAUCGAGCACAGUGGGGUUCUAGGUAAGCGAGCCUGGGGGAGCAUGAGUGCGGCGGGUACGGCGGCCAGCUUUAGCCAGCCCGGACCUGAGGGCAGCUUGUUUUACCCCGGAUUUGGGGUGCUGGACACGGCUUCCAUGAGCCACUGUCAAGACUUGUUGAAAGGUGCAAUGGCUACUAAAGUGAGACGGCAUGACACGCGGGUCCAUCCUUACCAAAGGAUUGUGACCGCUGACAGAGCCGCCACCGGCAACUAACACAUGACCUUCUGACCUCUGAACUCUUCACCCAAUGACGAGCCGCCCCAAGCCUGCCUGCUGAUCAGUUAACUGGUAAUUUGCCUUUCGCUAGCCUCUCGGACGCAAGUGACAGAGAGAGAGAAAGAGAGAGAACUUGAGGGAGGCGCCUACCCUAACAAAUUCUUCACACAAACAUGACAAAAAGUUGUGUAAUACUCCAUUAUUAUUUUUGGUUUUGUUUUGACCCCCAACCCCCCCACCCCCUUCAUUGAGUUUAGUUCCCAUUCUUUCUCUUUCUUUUUCUUCACGAGUCACAAAGCGGGUGGGAUGUUUGUGGUGUUAAUCAUAAAUGUGCACUGAAGUUUAAUAGCAAUAAGAUGCCAACCAGAAUCCACCUGUACCCGUGUGGGGGGGGAUUCAUCUAUUUUGGGUUUAGAAUGGCAACACAAUGCCCCUCAAAAAAGAAAGGAGGCUCGGGUGAUGUCUACUGUAGCCCACCCACCCCAGAAAGAAAAAGAAGGAAAGAGAACACUUAACUCUUAACUUGGAUUUUCUGUCAACAUGUUAGUGUGCUGACACAUUCUGGGUGUGCCGCCCUUUUAGCCUUUCCCCCAAACAGCUUUCUGUCUGAUUGUUUAAACAAACGCAUGGCUGUCACAAUUGCAAACAAUACGCUUUGUUCAUUUUUUGUUGUUAUAAUCUGUGUGUUUUAUUUUUUUGGGGGAAUCUGCGCUUAAUUUCCUGUUCACAUGUUUUUGUUGUUGUUGUUGUUUUACUUGAUGCAAGCAGUGGGGGCGGGUGUUUGUUUUUUUCUCUUUUUUUUUUCUUUCUGUCACGCUAAAGAAGCAGGCUGCUAAAGCUAAAAUGGGAUGGUUAUAAUUUGGGAUGAAGGGUUUAUGUGUGCGUGUGUGUGCUUUCUUUUAAACAUUUUUGUGUUUUUCUUUCAAGUACUAUCAUGAAAGUAAGGUGUUAUGAGGUUUUGGGGCACCCCCCCACCCCCGCCCCUGCUGUCCCUAUUCACACUAUAUCCAAUUAACAGUGCCUGAUGCAUUUAGAACAAAAAAAAGAAAUCUCAAUGAGUUUGCUUAAGCUGUGAUCAAAAAAGACAAAAAAAAAACAAGUAUUAAGUGUGCAUAUUUAGCCAAAGGAUUUUCCUAUGAAUUAUUACUACUAUUAUCAAUCUGCAAUUAUGCAUCUGUCUCGCAGAGGGCUCGUUGUGGUUUUAAAAUUUUGCAACGGUGUGAAUUUGUGGUGCCUGCCUUCAGCUGGAUGAGACAACCAGUCCGAUAGCGUUUUCAUUUGAUUUUUGUUGUUUUUCUUUUUUCUGAGACGCAGGAGAGUAACACUAAAACAACUAUUAGAUUGCUGUAAUUGAUAGAAAAAAAGGGCACUCACUUUUAUUUUUCCUUAUGACACAUUGCCAAUUUUUUUUACCCAUUUUUUUUUUUUUUUUUUUACAAUUAUAUUUGGCCAAUUUAUUUACAUCGGAACACGCCAACCUGAAAGCGCAUCCACAAUGUGUCACACCUCUCCCACCCUUUUUACAAGCUCUUUUGUUGGACUCUCUCAAGAAAAAAAAAUAGGAUGUGAAAGCCAUGCCUGCCUGUUUAAAUUGCUUUAUACAUACGUCUUAUAUAUAUAUAUAUAUAUAUAUAUAUAUAUAUAUAUAUAUAUAUAUAUAUAUAUAUAAAUGUAGAUACGCCAUUGCAUAUAUAAAUACAGAAGCGAACAAAAAAAAUGGAUGAUUUUACAGGGUGCUGGUGUAGAGAGAAAAGAAAAAAAAUCUAUUUUUGGCUAUUUUAGCUUUUGAUACUUUACUUGCAGAUACAAAAUCAGAAGGAAAAAAACAAACAAAAAAUGAAUGAGAAAGUGCAAAUGCUGUUUGCCUGGAUUUGACUGGAAGGAAGUGUUUUAAAAGGAACAAAUCAAAACAAAAGAAAAACAAAAAAAAGUGCCUUAUCAACAAGAGUGGUCUCUGUUUUUUCCGAGUAGUCCGGUUGUGUUUAGUAAGUAAAAAAGAAAAAAAAAACCCAGCACCCACCAGAGAUGGCGCAGCAGGGCGAAACGGCUCGUGUUUUUUUGCCGUCGUCGUCGUUGUUACUCUAUGCAACCAGAAUUAGCUAACCAGCUAACUAUGUGCCAUGUUUUUUUGUCUUCCUCAGAUUACUUUUCUUGUUACUUGACAGCCCUUUACUCUGCUGUAUUAGCAGGCUCCUGAAUUUAAAGAAUCAUAAGAAUUUUUUUUUUUUUUUUUUUUUUUUGCGUGUGCGCGUGACUUAACUUCCUAGAAGAAACGGAGCUGCCGGUAGCAAUAUAGUAAGAUGCAUUGAGUCGAUCGUGAGCUAAGAAAAAUACAUUGACAGUGUUUGUUUCGACGACGAUUUGACCGUUAAAUCGUGAAACAACGUCUCAAUAUCAAUAUCACCAUUAUUAGCGUUUCCGUUCAUGGCUUUCUCAUCAAGCCGUUACGCCGAAAAGUCAAUGAAAUUCUCUUUUCUUUCAGUGUUAUUAUUAGUGGCAUAUUAUUUAGAAAUUGAAAUGCAAUAUUAAAAGCGGAGAUGGCUAUUCAGCAGCAUUUGACAGUAUUAGGAGAAGUCCCUCCGCGAUGUUACGCGCUACAGUGUCGUCGUGUUGGCGGUCCAGCCGAUGGAAAAGUUGAAAGACGUUACCGACCGUAUUCUCUUCUCUUGGCCUGCCUAUUACACAUGUAUGAUAAUGUAAUUAACAGCCAUUGUUACAGGUUUAUAAUGUAUUUUUCUAAUCUCAUUUUAUAUGUAUAUUAAUCAUGUUUCUGAGUGCUUUUUUAUGACCUCCCCGUCCCCCGAACCUUUCCUUCUCCUUCCCUUGCCCCCACAACCCCUCCACUUUUUUAAGUGUCUGGUGGGGAGUGUUGCCUUCCCCCCCCCCCCCCCCUGUUAAAAAUUAUAUUUUGUUUUCAUGCCCAGCUUGUUUAACUCAUUAGCGACUUGAUUAGUUUUUUUCUUGUCAUAAGUAUUUUUACAUGCUUGCCAUUUUCAUGGUGUAUGCUGUUGUUUUUUGUUUUUUUUCUUAUUAACCUCUUGGCAUUUAUUUUAAUAAAACAUUCUUAGUAAGAAUUUUACUAACUUGCUGAUAUUUUUGUCUUGUGUUUUUAACCAGUUUCAUGAAUGUAUUGACUCGGUCUGGUUCACGGACUAACAGAAUUAAAUAAUCUGGUGACUCAUGGACACUCACACUGCAAACACACACCAAGAAUGUGUUCUCAUGAAAGUUUCAGUAGGAAAUUGUACAAAAACAUGAUCGCCCUUUUUUCUCGACGUUUACUCCAAAAAAUGCAAAACCGCAAUCAGACAAAUUUAACAUAAAAAUUAGCAAAGAAAAAUGAUGUAUAUUUAUUUUAGCAAAACGAGAUGGAAUUAUAAAAGUCAUAAUUUGAUCUACAAUAUUUUCCUAGAGUUGUACAAAAACCCAGAAAACAGCCAUUUUAUUUUGCACAAAAAACAGAAAAUAUUACGAAAAAAAUAAUUGAAUAUUUCGUGUUUUGGUUUCGCGACUAACCUGCAUAAGUUUGAGGAUUUACACUAAUUGAAUGUUACUUAAAACAUGAAAAAUACUUUGUCAAAACAAAAACGUAGCUUCUGGUAGCUGAUGUAAUAAUUUCGACAGCAAACUAAGUGAGACUGAAUCAACAGCGCCUCUGCUGGUUGCACCUCAGUACUACAAAUGCUCCAAAACUCGAAUCUUUAACAAUUAAUUCCACACAAAUGCAAUCUUUUAAAAAAAAUUAGGGGUUUUUUGCACUUUUUCUUUGAAAUUACCUUAAAAUUCAACCAAAAUCCCAAUCACUUUUUUUUUUUUUUUUUUUUUUUACAUCUUUUGUAUGUAAAUAUAGCCUAUCACAAGGUUUUUGAUACCACUACCAAAAAUAGCAAUGACGUCAGUAGAACUGGUCGACAGUAAAGUUACUCUGAGUUUUGUAGUCAAGUUUUGCUAUUAAAAGCGAUUUGUAUACGGUAACUUCUUUGAUAAAUACCAACAACAGUACUUUUUUUCCUGCUCUAAUACAGAAAGUAAUGCAAAAUAUGUGUAAAUAACGACUGAUACGGAUAAAUAAACAUUGAACCCCCCUUUUACCUUUACCGCAGAUAGUUUUGCAAGAAAAAAUCGUUUGGUAACAAAGCUGGACUUACACAGUUUAUUAAAAACCACGACAAGACUGAGCCACUGAUGUGUGGGAUUCUUUGUUUAGUCACUUAAUUCAAUGGGAAGACAGACCAUUUUGGUAGGCGCAAUGUUCGGCCAUACAAUAACCGAUGUGGUAUACGAAAAUCGGGGUGAACUCUAGUUGAAAACAUAAUCCUUAAAUAUGUUUUAAAACCGUUACAUUGGAACUUUUGAACUCUGAAAUAAGUGCGAUGUGAUUAACCGAUAUCCGCCUUGCUUUGUAACAAUCAUUGAAAAAAAUUACGUUUGAGUUGUUUACGUUAUUUGCCGUCACCAUGAAGAUACCCAGUUGUUGACUGGUGGCGUUACUUUUCCUAGUCAAUCCUACUAUAAACUCCCAUGAGAAUGAACUUCACCAGCAACAUCACAAACACGAUCUAACUGGAAAGUGCACGAGUUGAUGCGCGUCCCUCACUCCUGCUCACGCAUUUCUCACCUCUGUGCUGAAAACGUGAACUCUGCUGCCACUUUUUUUCAUACUUUUGCUCGCCCAAACACCGCUGCUGUGUCUCUACCGGAGACCACUCCUCCUCCUUUUUUUAUUUAUUUUAUUUUUUUUGUCUCCAUGUCCUGUCCCUCUGUGUCUCGCACCCUGGGAGGCCACAGGACGGUUACUUACACUCCGUGCCAAAAGUUGCCACCUGAAAGGGAUGCGUUCUAGAAAAUGUUUUCAAUCGGGGGUGAUCGUAUUAAAAGCCAGCGAGGGAGUUUUGUUUUGUCGAGAUAGCGACGCUCCGUUCAUCUCCAGCUGCUGCAGCAUUGGUGUUAUUGAUAAAAGCGUUAAUACUCAACCCUUAGGGAGCAUCUGUCAUCAAACAAGCCAGUAUACGAACUACUUAGGGAUCAAAACAAUCACAUAAUUCCUUUCCAAUAUGGAUUCCAGCUAUUUAUUCUUUUUUUCAUUCAUUUUCUAUUGUCUCAAACACUGCCUGUGUCAUUCUACUGCUUUUAUUCCUCCUACGGUACUCCAGGUGUUGUCGCUGACACACAUGGAAAAGAUUAACGUCAUUAAUCCUUAUUAUUGCGCCUACACCAUUUUGUUAACGCUUCUUUUUUUUUUUUUGUCCUGUCGCCAACUCUGCCUUUAGCGAUCUUCCUCAAGCGUACAAUGAGAUUAAACGUGUUUUACAUCAACUUUCUUAUGAGUUAAGUGAAUUAUUAAGAAGUCCUGUCAUGACUGGAUUACAGGCAGUAAGUUCAAACCUGCUACUGUUUGUUGUUGUUUUACCUCAAAUAGUGGCCUUCGCUCUGGUAAACGCCAUGUUGCCAUUAAUUCUAAGAUGAGUCGUCACUACAACCUUAUUUGAUUAGCAGAUUUCCCCAAACUUUACCGACUUAAGAUGAAAAUUAUUGAUGUGGUUCCUCCCUAGGACCCACACCUUUUAAAAACAUACCAUGUAUCAAAAAUAACCUUGAAAUAAAAGGCAUGUAUUGUUGGUAUUUCUCGACGUCCAAUAAACCGUGACUCAUUUGGAGUUCUGAGGUUUGGUUAAACUGUCCUUGAGACAAACAAAACCACGAGGAGUGAAAAGGAACACGUUGCUUGAUUCUUCGAAAUACGAUUAUUUUCCGGACUGUAAGCCACAUCGUUAUAUAACGUGCACCCACUACAUUUUAGAAGAUGCAUACAUUAGCCACACCGGACUAAAAGCUGCAGAUAUAUAGCGGUACGUUGUGGAAUGAGAUCUUUUUGUAAAUGUUUAUGGUAACACUUUAGUAUGGGGAACAUAUUCACCGUUAAUUAGUUGCUUAUUAAAGUAACAAAGACUUAAUUUAGAGUUAUUUGGACACUAGGGGAACAUAUAAGGGUUAGGGUUACUAAUAAGCAAUAUUUCUGAGGUUAUUGAGGGAAUACUCUUAGUUAAUGGCUUACUGGUUGUAUAAUAAAGCCAUGCAGAAUAAGGCAUUAAUAAGUACUUAAUAAUGACUAAUUAAGAGCCAAUAUGUUAAUAAUUUGCAUGUUAAUAAGCAACUAAUUAAUGGUGAAUAUGUGUUCCCCAUACUAAAGUGUUACAUGUUUAUGUACAUACCUUAAUUGUUUCUAAACGGUGCCUGUAACAUGGCAGUAAAACGGCUGAUCAAACAAAACAGAAAUAUCAUUGAUGUCUUUAUUCUUCCAUUAUGAGAUGAAUACGAUUUUCUCCUUUAAAAUAAGGUUUUUAAACACUGAACAGUUUCUUAAACUGGAUCAUUUUUAGUUUGUUUGCUUAAUCCAUUCCAUAAUUUAGCCGUUAACGAAGAACAAUCCAUAGAUGGGUCUCACCUUUGUAUAAACCACAGGGUUCAAAGCUUGGGCACAAAGUAGUGGCUUAUAGUCCGAAAAAUACAGAUUCAGCAUUAGCUCAACAUAAAAAAGCAUGAAUCCAAAAGCCAUUCAAAUUGUUAAUAUUUUUCGACGCCUAAUAAACCGUGGCUCAUUUGGGGUUUUGUGGUUUGGGAAAAUCCUCCUUGAGACAAUCAAAAUCACGUGUGAAAAAGAACAAAUCGUUCUAUUGUUCAAAUUAGUCAACACAUCAGCGUGGUCUCAUGGCCGUGUCGUGCCGCAACUGCAAAUUUAAAAAGGAUUCACCAGAACUCUCAAUUGUUGGCUUCUGUUAUUCUGGCUUUUGCAUUUUUCAUGUUUGACUAAACAGUAGCAACUAAGAAUUGAUUGUCCACCAAUCAACAAACAUGUCUGCACUGCAAAAACUGAAAUACAAGCAAAAAAACUAACCUGAAGUUCAGAUAAACAUUUUUUUUUUCCAAUUAACACUUUUUUUCGUUUAAAUCGAGAAUCAAUUCUGAAUCAAUUUACCCACAAAAAUCGAAUUAAAUCGAGAGUUAUUGUAAGAUUGGCAUCUCUGUUAGAUGUACUUCUUAAAAAAAGCUAUGAUUAAAUGUAUUUACUUGCUUGAAACAAGUAAAAUGUUUAGUCCAUAGGGAAUAUAAAACAAAUUGACGACAUACUACCUAACAUAUGCAUACUGUGCUACAAUAGUAAGAAUCUGAUAUAUGAUUUAAAAUACAGUGAGUAAAAAAACAUACUUUCUUGAAACAAGUAAGAUGUUAAAUUUUGUAGUAAUAUAACAUACAUUUGAAGACAAAGUACUUAAGAUACACACUUUGACCUAACAUAGUAAGGAUCUGAUAGAUUACCUAAAACAAUUAAAAACAAUUUCCCAACAAAACUUCAUUAUUUGCUUGAUUGCUGCUUAAAACAAGUAACAUGUCAAAUGUUCUUGUUCUGUUGGCAAAUGACUUAAGAAGUACUUUUGGCAAACUGAGCUACCAUUGUAAGAACCUGAUAUAUUACCUAAAAUAACAAAAAAAUAAAAAUAAACAAAACAAACAAUUAUAUAUAUAUAUAUAUAUAUAUAUAUAUAUAUAUAUAUAAUUUUAUUUUAUUUUUAUUUUUUAAACAAGUAAAAUGUCAAAUAUUUUUGUUCUGUCUGCAAUUAACUUGUUUUAAGAAGUAUAAUUGGCAAACUGAGCUAAUUGUAAUAUUAAGAAUCUGAGAUAUUUUACUUAAAAUAAGUAAAACAUCAUUUGCCAUUAGAACGAGACAAUGCUGCUUAACAUUUGAAACAAGUAAAUUGGCCUUCAGUCUAAUGUUUUUGUUUUGUUGGCAAAUCUUGUUUUAAGGAGAAUAUGUCAUACUUUAUUACGCAUUAAAGAAAAGCAAAUGAAGCUACCAUCAGAAUCAGAAGUAAAGGUUUAUUUAAGUAUUGAUGGAUUGCAGGUAUUUAUCCUGCUUGGAUGUCAGGUUUGGCAGUGUCGCAGCAUUAAUGCAUGUGUACAAAUAGAUGCCUUACUUCAAUUACAUAUGAAGAAAUGUGACAACUUUUUUUUGUCCGUUUUCAAAUGCGUUAAAAUGAUCGACAGAAGCACAACAAUCCGUCCCUAAGUGCCUUGUUAUUGACUCUUGUUUUGUGCUAAAUCACACAAGUGCCACUUCUCUCUCUCACUUUAUCUCAGAAGCUUUUUUGUAGAGCAGCACCAGAUAAUAAAUCAGUGACACACAAAUGACUGGAUCACAACGUAUCGCCGCCGUCGUCUAUUUGCCCCCCAAAAAAGACGAGACUCAGGGCAUUCAGUGUAAGUUUCUUUGACCUACUAACGUUUCCCACCUGUCCAUCUUGUGUCUGGCUAACAAACAUUCCUUCAGUGACUUAAAUGGCAGGUUGGCCACACUAGAAUGGAAAAAUGCUACCAAAAUUUAAAAAAUAUAUUUUAUCCCCACUGGAUUUUUUUCAUAAUUUUUUCUAUGAAAUAUGCAUUAAUUUGCUAAAUACAUUUUUGGUUGUUUCUAGAUUUAUACUAUACAUACUGUAAGUUCCAUAUAGUACUGCACUAUAAGUGUGUGUGAUCUUUUUGGGAGUUUUGUGUUGUAGUUUUUGUGUUUUUUUUGUUUUUUUUCUAAGAGGGGUUCAUUUCCAACAUGUAAAUGACCGUUUUUGUUGCUCACACCAAAAAAAAAAAAAGUUUUAAAAAAGGGAAAAGAAAUGUGUGCAAUAAAGAACCAUGUGAACAA